AUGGCUCAGAUUCCUAUUACCAUGCCUGCGACCGCUGUUGCGGAUAACUCCCCUCUAUCCAAGCGACGAAAGUUCACUCCUCCUCAGCCGUGCUUCAUUCCCUCGGAGACCAAUGCCGACAUCGAGAACCAUGUCUUCGGUUCGCCGGUCCUAGCUCAACUGUCUGUCCAGGCGCCGACGCAAGCUGAGAUUGAAGCAUCUCUGCUUCAGGUCGGCAUGCGCGUUCGCAAGUCGGUUAGCGAAGGAUAUCACUCGCCACAGAAGAAGCCCUUCACUCCGCAUCCUUUCAGCAAUCGCUUAGCUCGGCUUUCUCCAGAGACGCAGAAAGCUCUGCUGGCUCGCAACGACGACAAGCCAGAGCCCGAGCUGUUCUCAGCCGGGGGUUUGCACAAGAUUGGAGGCAUGGCCAUGCAGCCUAUCGCCACUGCCACCUUCUGCGGCAUCAACCUCGCGGCUCUGUCUUAUUAUAGUGACGACUGUACCAAUAACAUUGCUCAACAAAGCCUAUGGACAUAUACCACCAGUCACAAGCGGACGUGUGAAGUCGAUUCGGACAGUGACGAGAGUCAAGACUGGCAGCCCGACACACCUACCUUGCAUCCAGACGCUGGUUCCAUGGAGCCUAUGGAUUAUUUCAACAUUGGCAUGAAUGAAAUGCACAAUGUCGCCAUGCUGCAGACCGGUAACAGGCUGCAGAAUGCCCGUGGUCGAAAAGUCGCAAAGCCUAAGAGCCGAGUGCGAUCCAACUUUAUGGAUAUGAGCGACAUGCCAAUGCCGCCGUCCACUUUCAACCCCUUUGAACAAAUCCAGUUGCAACCUGAGCCGCAAUCAUAUGGCUUCGUUCCCGAAAAGACCCAUUGUCAUCGUCGUAUGAUGAGCUGUGGCAUGGAGGCCAGCAUGACUGAUUUUGAGGAGCCAUCCUUCUUGCAGCGACGAGAAGAUGUCGAUAUGGACUGCUCUUAG